ACUCAGAAGAACACACAUUUCAAGGACUGGUCAAACAAUAUCCUUUAUCUACCAAAGUAAAGAUAGUAGCAAUUGUAAUGGCUCUAAGCAUACUACUAGAACACAGUGUAGCAAAUGUGUGCACUGAUAGCCAAGCAGCUAUUAAUGGUAUAGAAAAGAUCUAG